AUGAUUACAGGACCGUAUCAAAACGUUGAUAUUGAAGAGCAGAAGCAAGCUGUCCAUCAUGUAUUAGAGAAUUCAUUUCCCUCGCUAUCCGUGACAAAAAAUGUUUCAGAUCAAAAUCAAACUAGUUCGACGAAUAAAAAAAAUAAUUUAAGCCAACCGACUUCUAUGAAACAAAUUGGUAUUCAUACAUCCCGUUCGGAUGGUGUUGAAUCUGAAGUAUCGAUUGUUGGUUAUUUAAAAUCAACCCCAGUCAAAUUUCAAACACUCGAUGAUAUCAUACGAGGUUUUCCGGCUGUUCUGAAUGCACUAAAAAAAAGACAACCAUUAACCAAAUCAAACGUGAAACAAACUCCAGCUGAAGUAAGGCAUAAGAGUACAGUGACUAAUGGUUUUCAUACUGUUAAAAUUGAACAAAACUUCAUACCCUCUGCAACGCUUUCUAUAUCACAACCAAAUUGGAAACAACGUCAGAUACUUGCGUUAAGUGAAGAACAAACUCGAAUAGCACAAAAUGCUCUAUUUGGCUCAGAUAGUGAAAAUCUUGGUAAAAUAUUCGAUCAAACAAUCACACGUCGUGAUUUGAAAACACUGAAAGGCUUAACAUGGCUUAAUGACGAAGUUAUUAAUUAUUACUUGGGCAUGAUAUGUGGUGAAAGCGGAGUAAAUUGUUAUCCAAGAGUGCAUUACUUCAGCACAUUCUUCUAUGAAAAAUUAUCAAAAGAAGGUGCAGAAAAAAUGACUAGAUGGACUCGAAAAGUGAACAUAUUUGCAUAUGAUAUUAUUCUAAUUCCGAUACAUUUAACGAAUCAUUGGGCGUUGGCCACAAUUGAUGUUAAUCAAACACGUAUUCAAUAUUAUGAUUCAUUAGGUGGUUCAAACGAGUUGUGCUUAGCCUUAUUAUAUUCAUUUGUUACAAACGAAUACAAAUCAAAACUUCAGCAACAAAUACCAUCGACGUGGAGAGGACAACAAAUGACAACAAUACCGGCACAACGAAAUCGAUCUGAUUGCGGUGUAUUUUGCUGUCAAUUUUCAAAAUAUAUUGCUCGUGAAUGGCCUAUCGAUUUUACACAAGACAAUAUGCCACAGUUUCGCACUCAAAUGAUCUACGAAAUCGCAUCAAAAAAACUUUUGUAUUAA